GGUCCUUCGAAUUCCAACUUUGCCUCUCUAUGCCAAAAUGAUGCCAAAGGCUUCUGUUUUGGUCUUGGUAGAGAAAAUAACAUCCCCAGCAUUCUUGUGUCUGGACCUCAAAGCCACCAAACUGACCUUUUCCUCCAACAGCAGUGUUGUAAACACAGUAUCACUCCUCUGUCAAGCAGAAAGGUGGGGAACCUCGCAUGUUAGCUUUUCAGCAAAGAAGAAAUGUGUGACUUGGAGUCUGGGUACAUUGUAGCGUGACCUUUUUUGUAUAAUAGACACCAAUUCAAAUGGGGAAAACUUUUUCAGAUACCAUGGCCCAAAACCACUGACCAACUUCCCAACAGCGAAAUAGAUCAACAUUUGGCUUUAUAUCAAAUAGUCGAAGUCGAACAGCAAACUAGCUUACUGAUCAAACAGCACCCAAAGUUCAAAAGCAAGAGUCCUCAAAAAAAAACCUCACAUGCAUUUCUUCCAAGCCUUAAGUGAUCUUGUGGGGGAACAAGGGGGAAGAACUUAGACUUUGACUAUACAUAACACCACCCUCUCUUCACAUGUACCAGAACACCAAUAUAAAAAUUAAGGUAGGUGUAGGUAUAGAGUGUAUUUAACAAUGUAAUUACUAAGUGAAGUGUUAUGUGAAAGCAGUGUUGAUAAGCUGCUAUCACCAGAAUAAAUGUAACCUUUGGGCUUCCUGUCACAUAUUCAAUUAUAUCCAUUGCUUAACGUUGUAAAAGCUUUUUUUUUUCUUUUUUACUGCAUUUUAUAAAUAGUUACAUCUUCAUGCGGCAUAUGGAUGCUAUCACUUGUAGAACUAUUUGACUGUUUAGCAAUAUUAGACAUUGGUAUAAGACUGAAAAAUAAAUAUAUCCUACAAACUGCAGAGAAGUUUAGGAAAGCAAAGUGGAGUUACCAUAACAUGAAAAUUAAGACUCUCUCCCAUGCAGGAAGUGCCACAAGAUCAUAUUUAUUGACAAUAUGUGAUUCCUAGGUCUUAUAUUUCACCUGCAAGACAGUCUCUUCAGCAGCAUAGUGUCAAAAACAAUGAUCCUGCACCAUGCUAUAACAUUCCUGUGCUAGAAACAAAAGGCAUUUCUGCCUAAAUGGUCACUUUUAAAUAGGUAGGCCAACUCUUUCUCAAGUCAUCGGUAUCAGCCUCACGCCACAUAACAGAUUCCUCACUGGGAAACCUGUCCUCAGCAACAAACCUGAUGCACAUGUGUGGCAACUUGAUUGGCAGUACUCUACUCGCAAGCAAUAUGCCUGGGCUCAUGUUUGUCAGCUUUUUGAUCAGACCAUUGCUAGGUAAAUAAUCAGCAUUUCUAAUACGGAAGAUGUUUCUCUUCUUUCCAGUCUCCUAAAUGGCAGCAGUUCUGUCUUGAUGUCAGCACAAAGAAAGCAUUGGUUUCUUUACUCAGAUGAAGUUCAAAUUGGUCCAGAAACGGUUAUGACUACUCUUUACACUGCUAAGAAAUAUGCAGUUCCAGCCCUGGAAGCACAUUGUGUGGAUUUUCUAACUAAGCACCUCAGAGCAGAUAAUGCUUUUAUGUUACUUACUCAGGCUCGUUUAUUUGAUGAACCUCAGCUUGCAAGUCUUUGUCUUGACACGAUAGACAAAAGUACCAUGGAUGCAAUAAGUGCAGAAGGCUUUACUGAUAUUGAUAUUGACACAUUAUGUGCAGUUCUAGAAAGAGAUACCCUUAGUAUUCGAGAAAGUAGACUCUUUGGAGCGGUUGUUCGUUGGGCAGAAGCAGAAUGUCAAAGACAACAAUUGCCUGUGACGUUUGGAAACAAACAAAAGGUGCUUGGAAGAGCUCUUUCCUUAAUCCGUUUUCCACUAAUGACUAUUGAAGAAUUUGCAGCAGGUCCUGCUCAGUCUGGAAUCUUGUCAGAUCGGGAAGUAGUAAAUCUCUUUCUGCAUUUUACUGUCAAUCCUAAGCCCAAAGUAGAUUAUAUUGACCGACCAAGAUGUUGUCUUAGAGGAAAAGAAUGCAGCAUUAACAGGUUCCAGCAAGUGGAGAGUCGCUGGGGCUACAGUGGAACAAGUGAUCGGAUUAGGUUCACAGUAAAUAGAAGAAUUUCCAUAGUGGGGUUUGGGUUAUAUGGAUCUAUUCAUGGACCCACAGAUUAUCAAGUUAAUAUACAGAUAAUUGAUUACGAGAAGAAUCAGACACUAGGACAAAAUGAUACUGGAUUUAGUUGCGAUGGAACUGCCAAUACGUUCAGAGUUAUGUUCAAAGAACCUAUAGAGAUUUUACCAACAGUUUGCUACACAGCUUGUGCUACACUGAAAGGUCCUGAUUCCCACUAUGGAACAAAAGGAUUGAAGAAAGUGAUUCAUGAAUCUCCUACUGCUAGCAAAACAUGCUUUGUCUUUUACAGUUCACCAGUUCAUCGGCAAAGCUGGAUUCACACUACCAUCGUUCUGACUCUUUGGAUGAGCCGUGGAGAAUUAAUGGAUUUAGCACUUCAGACAGCAUCAGCAACUAUGGUGAAGAAAUACUAAGUCAAAAUCUGCACUAUAAAUGUAUCCAGAGUCUCUUAAUUCAGAAGGGCUGUUUUGGAAUAGAGCUGGUUCUGGAGAUAGAAACUGUAUAUACGUAUGUGCCUGUAAGAAAAUGUAUAAUGUGAAAAUGAGAAUACAGGACUUGUAAUGAUGUUAUUUUAUGACUGGAUGCUCUAAUACUAAAUACUAAGAACGAGUAUGAAAUAAGGAUUA